CACCCACAUUCAAAACCUGUUUGUCUACCUGCAGUUGAAGCCUGUGCCGUGCUCAGCGAGCUCGCCGCGCUCACUCAGGUGACACAUAGUAAGAGCAAAGAGCAACUAUGUAAAUGUAGAGGAAUUGUUGAGAGUGACGCAGACGCUGCCAGGACGUACAGGACCAUCAAACCCUGAGCAACAAGUAAAGCUGUCUGAAGUGUGGUACACGUCAUCUCAGGAUGUCUGAAACCCACUCCAGCUUUCACCUCCUCAACCGAACGUGUAUGGUGGUGGCGCUGCUCUGCUUCCUCCACAUGUGCAUCGCCUUGGUCUUCUAUAUCAGGUCUAUAGACAUCAGGUUUACCUUUGUCCAGAACCAGCAGUCCAAUAAUGGGUCUGCAAGCUGGAUCGAUAAUAUCAGCAGCAAUGCCACCAACCAUAACCAGAUCGGCCUCAGCAUCCAGGACGACAAGCCGGUGGAAAUGAACAAAGAUCAGCCCAAAGAUCAGCAGGAUGAUCUGCAAGCAUCUCCAGUGCAUCCAGAGAAGGACAGUGGAGGUACAAUGUCCAAACAUCUGGAGAAAUGCCCUGAAACGUCUCCCCUGCUGGUUGGUCCUAUAUGGGUGGAGUUUAAUAUUCCAAUCAGUUUAGAGGAUAUCAAAAAGCAUAACCCCAAUGUGAUGAUGGGUGGACGUUACCGACCCAAAGACUGCAUGGCGCUGCAAAAGGUGGCCAUCAUCAUCCCCUUCCGUAAUCGUAAUGAACACCUGAAGUACUGGCUGCACUAUCUGCACCCCAUCCUGCAGCGGCAACAGCUGGACUACGGCAUCUUCAUCAUCAACCAGGAUGGAGACGGUGCCUUCAACCGAGCCAAACUGCUGAACAUCGGCUACGCAGAAGCACAGAAGCAGUAUGACUAUGACUGCUUCGUCUUCAGUGACGUCGAUAUCAUCCCCAUGGACGACCGCAACCUCUACCAGUGUUUUGGCCAGCCGCGCCAUAUGUCCGUGUUAAUCGACAAACUGGGCUUCAGGUUGCCAUAUCCUCAAAUUUUUGGUGGUGUUACAUCAAUGAAUAAGGAGCAGUUCCAGAUGGUAAAUGGCUAUUCCAACAACUAUUGGGGCUGGGGAGGAGAAGACGACGACCUCUACCAGAGGUUUACAUCAAAAGGCUUGACCUUGUCCAGACCAGCGAGCAACAUUGGGAAAUGUCGGAUGUUCAAACAUGACAGAGACAAAAACAACGAGCCAAAUGCAGAGAGAUUUAACCUUCUCAGAUACACCAAACAGAACAUGGUCAAAGACGGCCUCAACUCAUUGUCCUAUAAAGUCAUUAAAACAGAGGAAAAGGACCUAUUCACCAUUAUCACAGCGGAUGUGGAGAAUCCGAGAACAUCCACGUGAAAAGAAAAGAAAACAAAGCCACAUUUGGGGGGUUUUCUGGUGUGUAUAUAUAUAUAUAUAUAUAUAUAUAUAUAUAUACACACACACACAUAUACAUACAAGGUCUGUUAGAAAACUAUCAGACCUUUUUAUUUUUUCAAAAACCUGAUGGAUUUGA